AUGUUAUUCUGGAGUUUGGACGUCGUCUCUGGAGGGUGCAUCACUCUCGGUAACAAAUACCUGUGUCUGAUUACCUUCUGUUACAGGAAGGAGAAACAUGUCUCAAGGAAAAAUAACCGCAGAUCUUCGAUCCUGAAGGAGUCUCCAGGUAGAAAGCCCCUGGUGGCCAUGGAGAGCAACCACCAUUCCAGACGCUCUCUUAAGAGGGUUUCCUUUGCUGAUACCAACACAAUAAAGGAAUUUUUGGCCACAAUGGGAGCCAGCACAGAGUGGAACAGCACCUAUGAAGCCCCUGCACCUCAGGACUCCUCUGCCUCUAUGGACAUCACUACACUUGGUCCUAAAUCUGAUGGGUUGGAGAUGACUGGGGUUUCACAAGAUGAGCAGGAUGAUGCUGGCACUGUGGAUCAGAAAAAUCUUCAGUUGGAGACUUCAGCCUUUCUCAACCAGUUCUUGAAUAUGAAGCCAGGCCCAUCCUCAGCACCUGAAAUGCUAUCUAAGAAGGAAGAACCUCGCUCUCAGUCACAGGACAACCUACACAUGGAGACUUCUACAUUUCUGAAUCAGUUCUUGAACAUGAAUCCUGACACAGAAGCAACACAGGAGUCUAGGUCAGGUCCCCAGGAUGAGGGACCUGAGCAGGACAUGUUACUCUCCCAGUCACAAGAUAACCUUUGUACGGAUACUUCAAUCUUCCUCAGCCAGUUCUUGAACCUUCAACCUGGUUCGACAGCAGAACAGACUGGUCGCUGCCAACCUAGUCAUGCUACUCUGAAUCCAUCUGUUGGUGAAACUGUGGAUAAGAGGGCUUGCUUGGCUCAGGAUGAUGUAACACAGAAGAUCACUGCAGAUAUGGAAAUGACAUGUCCAGCCAGCCAAAUGCCAAAAUUCACCGCCAGUGACAUGACACAGAAGAUCACUGCAGACAUGGAAAUGACAUGUCCAGCAGGCCAAAUGCCAAAAUUCACCGGCAGUGACAUGACACAGAAGGUCACUGCAGACAUGGAAAUGACAUGUCCAGCCAGCCAAAUGCCAAAAUUCACCGGCAGUGACAUGACACAGAAAAUCACUGCAGACAUGGAAAUGACAUGUCCAGCCAGCCAAAUGCCAAAAUUCACAGGCAGUGACAUGACACAGAAGGUCACUGCAGACAUGGAAAUGACAUGUCCAGCAGGCCAAAUGCCAAAAUUUACAGGCUGUGACAUGACACAAAAGGUCACUGCAGACAUGGAAAUGACUUGUCCAGCAAUCCAAAUGCCAAAAUUCACAGGCAGUGACAUGACACAGAAAAUCACUGCAGACAUGGAAAUGACAUGUCCAGCAGGCCAAAUGCCAAAAUUCACAGGUAGUGACAUGACACAGAAGAUCACUACAGACAUGGAAAUUACAUGUCCAGCCAGCCAAAUGCCAAAACUCACAGGCAGUGACAUGACACAGAAGAUCACUACAGACAUGGAAAUGACAUGUUCAGCCAGCCAAAUGCCAAAAUUCACCGGCAGUGACAUGACACAGGUCACUGCAGACAUGGAAAUGACAUGUCCUGCCAGCCAAAGGCCAAAAUUCACAGUCAGUGACAUGACACAGAAAAUCACUGCUGACAUUGAAACGACAUGUCCAGCAGGCCAAAUGCCAAAAUUCACAGGCAGUGACAUGACACAGAAGGUCACUACAGACAUGGAAAUGACAUGUCCAGCAGGCCAAAUGCCAAAAUUCACAGGCAGUUAUAUGACACAGAAAAUCACUGCAGACAUGGAAAUGACAUGUCCAGCAGGCCAAAUGCCACAGAAGAUCACUACAGACAUGGAAAUGACAUGUCCAGCAGGCCAAAUGCCAAAAUUUACAGGCAGUGACAUGACACAGAAAAUCACUACAGACAUGGAAAUGACAUGUCCAGCAGGCCAAAUGCCAAAAUUUACAGGCAGUGACAUGACACAGAAGAUCACUACAGACAUGGAAAUGACAUGUCCAGCAAUUCCGAUUCCUAAGUUAACAGGGAGUGACAUGACACAGAAGGUCACUACAGACAUGGAAAUGACAUGUCCAGCCAGCCAAAUGCCAAAAUUCACAGGCAGUGAUAUGACACAGAAAAUCACUACAGACAUGGAAAUGACAUGUCCAGCAGGCCAAAUGCCAAAAUUCACAGGCAGUGACAUGACACAGAAGAUCACUACAGACAUGGAAAUGACAUGUCCAGCCAGCCAAAUGCCAAAAUUCACAGGCAGUGAUAUGACACAGAAAAUCACUGCAGACAUGGAAAUGACAUGUCCAACAGGCCAAAUGCCAAAAUUCACAGGCAGUGACAUGACACAGAAGGUCACUACAGACAUGGAAAUGACAUGUCCAGCAGGCCAAAUGCCAAAAUUCACAGGCUGUGACAUGACACAGAAGAUCACUGCAGACAUGGAAAUGACUUGUCCAGUGAGUCAAAUCCUGAAGUCAACAAACACUAAUAUGACACAAAAAACAGAUACAGACAUGGAAAUUACUUGUCCUGCAAAUCAGAUUCUAAAGUUGACAAGCAGCAGUGACAUGACUCAGAAGCUCUUAACAGACAUGGAAAUGACUUGUCCUGCUGGCCAGAUUCCCAGACUGAGCAGUAAUGAAACAAUUCAGGCAGCAAGCCUUGGCUCUGAACUGACCGGGCCAGCAGUGAGCAAGAAGCGCAGAAAGAGCAUCCUCCGAACCACUACAACCUCGCAAGAAGCAGAAGCUAGCAUGCCAAAGGAAGAGAGGACUGUGAUGUUUAACUUGGACCCUCAAUUCCACUGCAGCCUAAUCAGUAAUGUUGAAAAUAAUGAUAAACAGAUGGUUGAAGGUAAACAGGUGAUGGGAGACAGCCAGGGGGAUGUUCAGCAGGACUCUUUUGUUAGUGAGUCAGUGAGAGUAAAGACACAGCCAGUUUUGCAGUCUUUCCUUGAGGUUCCAGUGAGGGAAGGGGACCCCCAUGACAAGCAGAUGGAGGAACAGGAAACAAAUACUAAAAGAACAAUGAACAAUGUUGAAUCUAAUGAAGGAAAUGAGGAUACUGAGAAUUUUGCUAAAGGAAGUGGCAAAAGGCUGCAAGGAGUGUCUCCAGAUGAGUCCUUUCUCAAAGUGUUCCUUAGUGAAGAAGGACCCAAAUGUUCUUUGUCUGUAGUUUCUGUUGCAGGCAAAGUGGAUGACAAGAACAAGAAUAUCACCUCAGACAUGAAUGUAACCUGCUCAGAAGGAGCUUCCAAAAUAUGUCAUGUUGAGGUGACCACCUGUCCUGCAGGUCAGGCAUCUGAAGUGACUAGUGAUAUGACAAAAGAGGAACAGGUUGAUCAGGGAUUCAUCAAAAAAUGUAAUGAAGAAAUGCAGUCCAUCUCUAUUGGUGAAUCUGUCCCGGUGGAUGAGUCACUGGAUGGCAUCAACCUUGACUUGGAGAACUCUGGUGACAAUGCAGAGACAUGGCUGCAUUCAGGAUCUGGACUGAAAGAAAAGCCUCUGGAGAGUUUCCACAAUGCGCCUGAGCUGAAGCAACAGUCACAGAGUCGCAGAAAGUCUCUAGCUGCUGAUGCAGUGGAGUCUGUCUUGCCAUUGAUGAGCUCAUUUAUGGAACGUAUAUCAAUGAUGAAUCAUGAACAAUCUCAGUUAGAGGAAACGAUUCUGAAGGAGAUGACACUAAUUGAGGAGCAAGGGAAGGAGGACACAUUACAUUCAGUGGAAGGUGAACUGGAGGAUGUGAGGACAACUUCUGUUUGUGAUGAAGUUUAUGAUCCAGUUGAAAUCCAAAAGUCACACAUUAAUGAUAGCAUACAUGGGCAUCAAACCAUUCUUGAUGAUAGUGAAGGGACAGGAACCAUGAAACUUUACCUCACCAGCCUGGAGCCUACAGCUACAGCAAUGGCUGUAAAGGAUAUACCACAGACACUUGGCAUAGCUGAUACCAGUGUUAAAGAAAUUAAAAACAUUCUUAUCGAAGAAGACUGUCUGCAGACAUCCAGGAGUACUGAAAGUCAUGGGAUUUUAGUGACAGAAAGAAAGACUGAGGACAGUAUGCAAGUAGAUAGUGAGUCUGGAAAUGCUGAAGAAAAGAAGAGAGAGCAUGAUAUGUAUCUGGCUGAGGAAAAAGGAUCAGAUUUAGUCACAGAGGAAAUUACAGAAGUGUCCUCAUACCCUAGUAGUUGUGAUGUCAGACCCACCACAGUCAAGAGAUCUACUCUAUCUGAGACCAUGGCCCAGAGCAUCUUGACAGUGUCCUUGGAAAACAGUGCACUACAGAUCAACAGUAGCUCAUUUCAGCAGGGUAACAUGUCAGUUUCACAAAACUUGACUCAUGACAACACCAGCUUGCAGUGUAAGCGCUGUUGUUCUACAGAGGGUUGCAUUGUCUUCCAGUCCAAAAAUGCUGUAUGGACUGUAAGCAAAGUGUACAACGGGGGCAGAUGUUUGUCACUACAGCACACACCGCUGGAGUUAGACCUGCAGCUGUCUCGAUGUGACAACCACUGGAUGAUUGUUACAGCUUUGUGGAAACCUCAGGCCUCUGAAUUACAGAACAAAUGUGGACGUCUAGUGAUGAGUGUGCUAGGGUGCCGUGUGGGAGCAGCUGUCACCAGAUUAAGUGGACUUGUUUUCUGUGAAGCCAAGGAAGCUCUGGCACAUGUAGUUACAGCUUUCAACAAUGUGGUUGACCUCAUUCUGGAAAUGAAACUCUUGGCUGCAUUGUACCUCACCUCUUUUGAGCCAGACAGUGUGAAGGUGAUGCUGUUCAACCUUAAUGCUCAUGUGAGUGUUGAAGUGACAGUCCGAGUACAUCCCCCAGAGGAGUCACCUGAGCAUCCUUACACACUGCAGCCAGCUGCCAGAGUCACCAUUGGGAACCUUAGAUGCCAGACACUAGAUGAAGCUAUGGGUGAGGUCAGCUCUGGUCCACGGCAGCUUCUGAGGCUCAUCCAGGCAGCCAAUUCCAUCGUCCGAAAUAUGUCUUGCUGACUCCCUUGAAUGCUAAGAGCUUUUUAAAGGGAGCAACAGACUUGCACCUUGCAGAUCAUGUUCUGUUUUCAUUUUCUAAGCAAUCAUCUUAUAGAAUAUUAUUUAUAAGCUUGAAGUGAAAUAGCUAUAUGAACCUCCAGGAACAAGAAACAUGAUUAAUAACAGCCUUAGGUAUUUUCUUGCAUCCAUUUUUUAUAUAAAAAAACAAAUAUACUUAUUAUUGUGUACCUAAAAGCUAAUUAAAAAAUGCUUCUUAUAUGUAAAUAUGAUGUAAGUAUCUGAAGAUUUUCAGAAUUUUGAUGAAGACAAGUUGUAGAUCUAUUUUGAGAAAAAAAAAUUGAUGUAAAUCAUCCUAUUGACUUUCAUGUAUCCGGAAAUAUAUUUACAAGAGAGGAAUGCAGAAGAAUUGUUUUAUCUUUUGAAGGCUCUGGUAUUUUCUUUUCUGGAAAAGACUAUUUUUAUUGGUAUGUGUGUUAUUUCUUGAAAUAUCUGUCCACUUUCAUGUUUUAAACUAAAAUGCACUAAAAAAUAAAAAUA